AUGGUUAAGAGUGAUAGGAUGGGAAGAUAUAGACCCAGUAUGUGUCCCGAGUUCAUGGCCCGGUCCGCGCUUACUUCGGGUAAAGGAACAGGAAAUACGCCUCCCCGACAGGCUUCCCCGACAGGCUCCUCCGACAGGCUCCCCCUACAGGCUCCCCCGACAGGCUCCCCCGACAGGGCCUCCCCCGACAGGCUCCCCACACUCUCCCCCGGGCAGGCCUCCCCCGACAAGCUCCCCCGACAGGCUCCCCCGCAGGCUCCCCGACAAGCUUCCCCGACAGGCUUCCCCCGACUUCCCCCGAGGGCUCCCCACAAUCUUCCCCGACAGGCUCCCCCGACAGGCCGCUUCCCAGGGAGGAUUCGGGACGCAGGACGGAGAUUAAUGAAGGACGGUGCCGGGGAGGUCGCCCGUGCUUGCCUCACGGGCGCUGCAUGA